UAUUCCCAACUUGCCAAAUUUUAUACGACCAAAAAGUAUGCAACGAGUUGUCUUUAUCGUCGUGCUAGCGUGUGCGGGCCAAUGGGCAGUUGCCCAAGACUUUGACUGUAACACCGACGCCGGCCAGGAUGGUUUCUUGGAGAACGGCGCUAGGACGGAUCCCAACUGCUACAAUCCAGUCCUCGGGCUAAAAAGAGACGAUUCGAUCCCAAAUUUUGCUGAAAUUGCAGUCGUAUGCCAAGACAAUUGCGCAGGGAUAAUGGUGGAUUUCUUGCGGAGUACGGAAGAGUGCCGCAACAACAUGACCGUGCGUGAAAAUGCUGAUUUCCUACAGAGCCAGCUUUGCGCCUACGAGGACGGCAGAACCGCAGCCACCAGUUGUGCGUUGGAAAGUGACUACAGCAAAAUCGAGGGCGUUAGUUUGUCUUGCAACAGAUGGUUUGGGUCAGCAAUGACGACGUGCCCGGAUCCUUUACAAUUGCCAGGGUUUCCCUCGCCAGCACCGUGUGACGAUGCGCUGAAGGCGGCUAUUGAACAGUAUGGUUGCUGCUACGAGAAUUUGUUCGGCUCGGAAGAGUUCAUCAGUGAAAUAACCCAGGAAGGCAGGGAAAUUGCCGAAAGUCUUGGCAUUACACUGCCUGAUGAUUUUCAAGUUGACCUGACAGAUCCAGAGCUGUUUAGGGCCUGCAGUGUCUCUCUCCCCGACCAGUGUAGGAGCCAGCUCACUACUGACUCGGCCCCGGGUAUGGUGGCCACACCACUGGUGGCACUCCUGUUUGCCAUCGUAGCCAAACUCUUUGCUUAAAUAGGAAGAGCCUUAUAUGCUCAAACUUCACUUAGAAGCAAUCGUGCCCAAAUUUUUAGGAGGAUGCAUGAUGAAACUUUAGUAUUAUAGCAAGUUGUUAGUAUAGUGCAUGGUGUAUGGAUAUUUUGUAU